GGUUUAUUUUGUCCUUCCUCUGUUGUACUGCGGGUGUAGAUGUGGUCUAAAUAGGUCAGCAAGCCAUCCCAGGUCGCACUCUGGCCUUGACAAGUGAGUUUGGCACGUAUCGGAUAUCCGUGAUGGGGCACCGAUGGGAUUUUCACACAACUGUUCAUGGCAGAUUACAAUGUUCCAGUGGAUUUCCCCAUCGUUAUCUAUUGUCUAUAAACAAGAUUUCUUUUGUAGAAAGUAGGUUGUGACCCAAGAAAGGCAGGUGCAAGUAAUUUACAAACACUCCCCACCUGCCCAUUCCCAUGAUGCCGUGGUGUAGGUUACUGGAGGUCACCAGGCAUGCACGGAGAGAUGUCCUAGUUUGACACACACCCUGACGGAAGUCGGACGUUCCAGUUUGUGCUGGUAGAAAGGUGUUGAUUGUCAGCAGUUGUAAGUUCUCCUGUGUGUUAAGUCAUAUGGAAGCAUAUCUUGGUGCCAGACUGAUCAACCCUGCAGUGUGACAAGUUGAGCUGUGUUUUUCUGGGACUGGGAGCUGGAGCUGGUGUUCAAUGAAGUCUCAAGGCCAUGUGUGGUUGCAGGAUCCCGAUCCCCUCGAUCCGCCCUCAGCCAUGUACCCACAGUCCCACCACAUGUGCUCCUGUUGUUUGAAAAGGGCGGAGAAGUCGCGCUUCGCGGCGAAGGCCCGGCGUGACCAGGAGGGGGAGGAGAUCCAGGCGCUGGCCCAGCAGCUGCCGUUCCACAAGGAGACGAUUCAGCACCUGGACAAGGCCUCGGUGCUCCGGCUGGCCACCAGCUACCUGCGUAUGAAGCAGCACACACGGGAAGGACAGAAACCGUUUGUGGAGGAGCUGGGAGCCUAUCGGGACAGUGAUCCAGCCUAUCAGAAUGCUAUUGCUACGCUGGAGGACAUCCAAGAAGGGGACCUCAUGUUGGAGGCGCUGAACUCCUUCCUGAUCUUCAUCACUCGGAAGGGCCACAUCAUGUACGUGUCUGAGAACGUCACCAGCCACCUCGGCCUCAAUCAGGCACACAUGAUCGGGGAGAACAUUCUGCAGUUUCUGCACCCGCGUGACCACAAAUGUGGAUAUGGACACCGAUAGCAUGAGUGAAUUUGAUGCUCUGAAAGAGUCAGGCCAGCCCAUCACCCAGGAUCGGUCCUUCAUCGUGCGGAUGAAAUCCUGUCUUCCCAAACGGCCCGGAAGCAAAGCUCGGUCCUUCGAUUACAUGGUUGUGCAGUGGUCCGGCCGGCUAAAGCUGAGACAGGUGGGGAACAAGUUCCAGGUGGAGGGGAUGACGUGCCUGUGCAAGCCUCUGCUGCCCCUCGGCAUUGUGGAGAUCAGGAUCGAGGGAAACAUGUUCAUGAGCCGCCACAGCCUCGACAUGAGAUUCACCUACUGCGACACCAGGAUCAUGACUCUGGUUGGCUAUGACCCUGAAGAGGUGGUGGGGAAAACAGCGUACCAGUUCCACAACCCUUUAGAUGCGCACAAAGUCAGCAACUGCCACCAGCAUUUGAUCCAUGCUGGGCAGUCUACCAGUAAGUACUACCGCUUCAUGGGGAAGCUGGGAGACUGGAUCUGGAUGCAGACCAGAGCCACCAUCAUCUACAACACGGGCGGCAGCGCGCAGUACGUGGUGUGCAUGAACUACGUGGUGAGCGAGAACGAGGCCAGGCGGGCCACGGUGGAGGAACGGAAGAGUCUGGAGAAGUCCGGCCACCCCUCGGGCUGCACCUGCGGAGAGGCCAUGUCCCCCAUCCCCCUCUCCCCACAGUCACAGAGCUCCAUCAGCUCCCCUGCACCACACUCCCCGGGGUCGGUCUGUCACUCCCCGGGGUCGGUCUGUCACUCCCCGGGGUCCGUCUGUCACUCCCCGGGCAGCACGAUCAGCAUGAGUCCUGGCAGUUCCUUCUCACCAGGGCCAUUCUCUGUGCCCCCCUCCACCCCCUGCCUGCCCAGCCCCUGCAGCUCCGUGGCUGCCUCUCCAGGCAGUGUUCCCUCCCCAUCUGCUGCCUCCUGCUGUAACACCAAGGCUGUUCCCCCAGCCCCGCCAGUCAGCCCAGCCAGUAGUGUCCAGUUCAGCCCUGGGCCCACCCAGAGCAGCAUGUCUGCAGUCCCCUCCCCUGGGCCCACACAGAGCAGCAUCCCUGCAGUCCCCUCCCCUGCAGCAGAGUCCCCACAGUCCGUGUCGUCCUCCACCUCUGCCGACUCCCCCAGCAGCAUGAAUGCCUCAUCCUUUCAGUGUGAGGAGUCGAUGGACGUGGACAGUGCUCCAGACUCCACCCAGGCAGACUUGGGUGUGUUUAACAAUAGCCAGGCCAUCUGGAGAAAUGACUUUGGCAGCAGUACAAACCUUCAGAAGGAGUCGGACAUGGCCGGCUUCGGGCUGCAGGCUCCUAAGGUGGAAGCAGAUCUGCAGGGCAGUUUUCAGUGUGGGCAACAGAGCUCCAUGGGGAAUGGUCAGUUUGGGAACACAAAUGGAGGGGGCCUGGAGGGAAGUGAGUUUUUCCCAGAAGAUGAUGUAGACAUGAUAUUUGAGGACUUGCUGGACAUUGCUCAGUCCGAGUCACAAGGUGAUGAGAAAAUGGCUGCCAAAAUCAGCACAUCUAGCGAGCCAUGCCAACAACCAACAAACUCACCAACAGACCAGAUCCUGAACAUGCUGCAGUCGGCUGCAUCGCAGGCCUUCGCCUCUGGGCACGGGUCCAAUCCUGUCGUCAUCCAGAACGUGUUCCUGUCAUCAAGUGUUCAGGCUCCAAACAUGCCGCACAUGGCAGGGGCUGCCACCAUGGUCAACCAGCUGGUGUCAGGCCUAACUGCAACAGCCAUGAAGGGCAGAAGUUUCCCCAGCGUCAGCGAGGUGCCAGACUCUAACAACCUGCAGCAGCAUGUGAAGCAGGAGGUCCCACAGGGGAUGACAGAGCUGGAAUAUAUGGUCAAGUUGGCAGAGCUGGAACAGCAGCAGGCCUUUAACAAAGUGCCCACAAGUGCACAGACUGCAUCUCCAGUGACAGGCAGUGGUGUGCCCCCCAACAUUCCCAACUCUGUCUCUGCCAACAUGCCAAAAUUCACCCAGGUCUCGGGAGCACAGAUGACAUCAGACAUGGGCUGCAUUCUCAGCACCAUGGCCGACACCCAGCAGCACAACCACGCCCAGCAGCACAACCACGCCCAGCAACACAACCACGCCCAGCAGCACAACCACGCCCAGCAGCACAACCACGCCCAGCAACACAACCACACCCAGCAGCACAACCACACCCAGCAGCACAACCACACCCAGCAACACAACCACGUCCAGCAACACAACCACGCCCAGCAACACAACCACGCCCAGCAACACAACCACACCCAGCAGCACAGAAACAUCACUGCAUGUGCGGAACAGCACCCUCCCACCAGCAUGAUGAACAACUUCAGUAACAUAUCUGGCAUCCAGCAACCAAGACUGGACUCCAGUAGUCCGGCUGUUGACAAGGCAUCCAUUCAACAACCCUGGAGCCCUGGUGUAACCGUGUGCAACAUGUCCGGCAGUCAUCAGCCGCUCAUCACCAACCAACACCAAAACAACGGCUGCAGUGGCAUCAGUACCUGGGCUCGUGGAAACCCUGUCACCAUAACAUCGACCAUGUCGGCACCCCUUACAACUUCUCAAACACCCAGAGUUGCCAGCCAAGUCUACCCAUUCUGUGAUACAAACAGCCCCACGCCAACUGCUCAUGUUACCCCUGUGCAGCAGCCCUCCAGACCAGCCAUGGCAGAUAGCCCUGCAGUACAGUCUCAGCCACCAGGGUCUGGCCAACCGACAAGCAGCAACACAAACGGGCAAAUCAGCGAGUCCCUGAGGAGGAAGCAUGCCAAGCACCCCCUCCUGACCAGUCUGCUGACGGGCAAGAGGAGAACCUUGGAGGAGUACCGUGGGGCUCAGGAGAACCUGGAGAAGAUGCUCGCUGACCCAGAGAAGACCAGACUGCUUGGUCCUGGGAGAACCCAGCUGCUGUCUCAGCUGAUCCACAGUAGUAGGAAUGGCCAGCAGCUGAUGCAGAAGGAUGGGCAGGCACCCCUACCCCAGGGGCAGUCACCCCUACCCCAGGGGCAGCCACCCCUACCCCAGGGGCAGUCACCCCUACCCCAGGGGCAGUCACCCCUACCCCAGGGGCAGCCACCCCUACCCCAGGGACAGCCACCACUACCCCAAGGGCCAUGCACAGGACAACAGGGCAGGCCAGAUUCCUGUGUCACUGAGAAGAUGUCCAGGCUGGAGAUUGUGGAAGCCAGGAAGCAGUCCAAAGCAGCCAAGGCCCAGUUGUUGACCAGCAUGCUUCUGUCUGAAGACACGCCUCCCAACUCGCCUGCGCCCGGCAUGGCUGGGCAGGAGAAGUUCCCGGAGGAAGCUGUAGAUCUGACGGACACCAUCGACCUGGACCCGCUGUCUCCGUUCACACAGGAGAUCACCGACAUGGCAGCCUGCCUGCUGGAGGAGUACGACCAGGAGCCUGCCGCCAACACCAGCACCGACCCCAGCUUCCUGCCGGGGAUGCUCGGUGCCGCGGACAGUAUUGAUCAAACCAUGUUGUACAUAGACACUGCCAAGCAGCAGCCGCUGGAGGAGGGGGUCCCUGGUCAGAGGAAGGACUUUGAGUCUGAGUUAGAUCAUGCCCAGAGAUUAGCAGAGGAGUCUCAGCUGAAGAACCUGCUGAAGCAGUCAUUCCACCAGGCCUUCCUGGACAUGGAGACCACCCAUGCAUGAAUCAGCAGAUGUAGGGUUGUAAAUACUGUGCAGCUACUAGCUUUGAUGUGUUUGCACACCACAGGAACACUACUGUACCAUCCUUUUGUACCACAGAUACUUUUUGUACAAGCUGUACAGUGAUCUUGAGCGUAGCCUAAGAUCGUCUUUGUCAUUUGCAUGUUCUGUUAUCAUCCACCAACAUCAUAAAGUUAGGGACAGUAUACUCUCACCAAUGUGAAAAAAGGCAAAGAAAGCUGCAUGUAUGGAAUGGUGAUGGAUGCAGUGAAGCUCAUGAUGGGAACAUGUUGCAGGAGUGGGCACAAAGUGCCUGCAGAAUUGUGGAAGUAAAAUAAAGAAA